AUGAAGGAUCACGAUCUCGAAUUGGAGAAAGCCCGAUUGCUGAGCCUAGCUACCAAACUCGGAUUCGACGAAGAUCCUGCCAAGCAAUGCUUGGAUCGAUUCGUCGCUCUUUACGGUGACGAUGGUCGAGAUUUCAUCACCGUUGAGUACUGUGGAGAUGAUUUUCUCGCGGCGUUGGCUGAUUUAGAGAAAGGAACCGAGGAGUGGGAUGACAUGCAGGCUUUAGAGUCUGAAGCUCAAGGGACUUUGGCCGAAAUGUUUGAGAAAGCUAACUCUAGUGAUAACGGAUUCGUCACUGAUGACGAUGAUGAUGGUUCAAGAGUAGACGUUCAUGUCAUAGGGGAUUCUCCUGAGCCAAAGAGAAACCCGGAAGUGAUGGAGGUGGAUUCUUCUAGUGAUUUGGAAGAUGACGAUACACGGAUCAAGGUUCCAAUGAGAACACAGACAUGUUCCACAAGUCACUCCUUGAGAUCUAUGGAAUAUUCCACGGAGGAGUCUGUUUCAACAAUAUCAGGCAGAAACAAUUCUGUACAUGCAUCAAGCAAAGACAAUGAGACUCCAAGUUAUGAAGAGUUGCAGGCGUUGGAUGAUCUGGAACUCGCAAACUUGGUGAUUUUUGGGAACAAGGUGUUUCGGCCCUUGCAGCAUCAAGCAUGUAAAGCAUCUCUGGAAAAGAAGGAUUGCUUUGUUCUUAUGCCGACGGGAGGGGGAAAAAGUUUGUGUUACCAGCUUCCUGCAACACUGAAAGCUGGAGUCACCAUAGUUAUAUCUCCUCUGUUAUCGCUCAUCCAGGAUCAGAUAGUUGCACUCAACCUUAAGUUUGGGGUACCGGCGACUUUUCUGAACUCUCAGCAAACAACUUCCCAAGCAGCAGUUGUAUUACAAGAGCUCAGAAGUGAUAAUCCGUCAUGUAAACUCUUAUAUGUGACACCUGAGAAAAUUGCUGGAAGUUCAUCUUUUUUGGAGACACUAAGAUGUUUAGACCGCAAGGGCCUGCUGGCAGGUUUUGUGGUUGAUGAGGCUCACUGCGUAAGCCAAUGGGGACAUGACUUCCGGCCAGACUACAGGGAACUGGGAUGUCUUAAACAGAACUUUCCCCGUGUUCCUCUGAUGGCUCUUACAGCCACGGCAACUGAAUCAGUCUGUCAGGACGUACUAAAAAGUCUGAGAAUUCCCAGGGCUCCGGUUCUCAAGAUGAGCUUUGACAGAACCAAUUUGAAGUACGAAGUGAUCACCAAGAACAAGGAGCCACUGAAACAGCUCCAGGAGCUCCUAAGAGACCGCUUCAAGGAUCAGUCAGGGAUCGUCUACUGCCUCUCCAAAAGCGAAUGCGUUGAUGUUUCAAAGUUUCUGAACGAGAAAUGCAAGGUGAAGACUGUUUAUUACCACGCUGGUAUCCCCGCGAAACAGAGAGUUUUAGUCCAGAGGAAAUGGCAAACAGGGGAGGUCCGGAUUGUUUGCGCAACCAUCGCAUUUGGGAUGGGAAUAGACAAAGCAGACGUGCGUUUCGUUAUACACAACACCUUGUCGAAAGCGGUAGAAAGCUACUACCAAGAGUCAGGGAGAGCAGGAAGAGACGGGCUUCAGGCGCAGUGCAUUUGCUUGUACCAGAAGAAAGAUUUUAGCAGAGUCGUCUGCAUGCUGCGUAACGGACAAGGCAGGAACAUGGAUAGGUUCAAGUCAGCCAUGGCUCAGGCCAAGAAGAUGCAGGAAUACUGUGAGCUCAAGACAGAAUGCAGAAGACAGAAGUUACUAGAGUACUUUGGAGAGUCAUUCGACCGAAGUAUUUGUAAAAGGAGUUUAAAUCCGUGUGAUAACUGUGGAAAGAGCUAA